AUCGACUUCUGAUAAGGAUGAGGCGCUUAUAAAAUCGUUCCGUCCAUAACAAAUCGACAUUUGUUAUUCGAACAAGUGACAGUGUACAUAAUCGUGUUACUUCGACUUACAAUUUUUCGACAAUUACGCGAUAUGGAACGAGUAACUCUACCAUUGCUCGUCGCUGCGAUGACGCUGUCGAAUAUUCUACCCAACGUUGCAUCUGCAAUCCUAACCGAAUGUCCAAAAGUUGGUACCAUUUCAAUUCCUCACGAGACUGACUGCAACCACUUCUACGUUUGCGUUAAGGGAAGGAAGGCGUACCUGUCUCAGUGUCCAGUCUCGAUAAUUAAAUUCACAGAAGUGUUCGACCCGGUGACACAAACUUGCGUUCUCCCAGCAGGUCACGACUGUGGUAAUUCACCACUUUCGCCUAAAUAUGUGAGUUCGGUGCCUGUCGAAGUGCCCUACGCGUUUCUUCAAGAGUGCGCUGGAACCAGCUGGGGCAACGUCACCCACGAAUUUGAUCCUACGAUGUUCUACUCGUGCCGCGACAAAAAGGGAUAUCGGAUGCAGUGUCCGUAUCACCGUUGUUUGACCACUUUAAUGUUCGACCCAGUCACAUCAGACUGUAAUUAUCCAUCAAAAGUGAAAUGUUGGAAAGCGCCCAGUAACUCGACCGAGAGCUCGUCGACUGAUACAACUACGACAACCGUUGAACCGUCAACGCCUAGUCCAGAAGCCACUGAGAAGAAAACAGUUGGGAUUGCUAUCACGGAAUACACGAGGCAAUUUAUUGCUCUUUGGAUACUACUUUCGAGAUCUUGAGUCUAAUGAGGCGUAACGACAGACGUAACGAUUUUUUCAGAAAUCGUUGAUCAUACUGUUUCAAUAAUAAUUAUAAGACGAGUUAGUGUUACAAGUGACAGAUGUCAAAACGAACACUGAAGAUAUUAGUUCUGUGUUUUGCAGUAGAUGCGUCAAGAGAUGACAUGUAUUUCCCAUCAUUGUCCUUCAUAGGUCCUGCAUUCAGUUAUAUAUUAUAAUUCUUAAAAUAUAAUGCUUUCUUUGUUUCGUA